AUGCCUGGUCCCUCACGAGAAGCCCCCAAGGCAAUCAACCGACAAACCACCACGCCAUUUCAUCUAAAGCUCUUCUACCGAGCAAACAACUACCACCAUCUCUCCGAUUAUAACACGCCUGCACCAUCCCGACCUGCUACACCACUGCCCGCGCAUCUGGAGAUCUACACCUGGCAAUCCUGCACGCUUCGCGAGUUAUCACAGCUUCUCACUUCCGCCCUGCCUUCAUUACUUCCAGACCCGCCUGUUGGUACUCGGCUUUGCUAUCGACUGGUGUUCCCUGAUGCACGCGGUGCGGCGAUGAUGGGUCCCGAUGCGCGCGGGAAAUAUACGAGUCGCGAUCUGGGUACUGUGAUCGUGGGACCGAGGGAUAGUCCGUACCGGGGUGAUGAGGAUGCGGAUGAUCGAGCGGAGGCUAGGCCUCGCGCUGGUCCGCCGAGAUUCACGGGCUCCGAGACCGAUAAGACUUUGCAGGAUGCGAGGUUUUUGAUUGGGGAUUAUGUGGAGUGUGCUAUUCUGCCUCCUCUAGACGAUGGGUCAGUUGCGCCGCCUCUCCGGGGCAGUUCUGGUCCGCCGCCGCUCGGUGGAGGUGGAGGAGGUGGAGGUAUGCGUGCUUUCCGGGAUAAUGGAUUCCCAAGGCCUGGUCGUGGUGGGCGAGGUGGUGAUCGAGGAGGUCCACCUGCUUUGCCAGUGGGGGAUUGGAAGCGUGGAGAGAGACUGCCAGAAGGGGGAGGUAGAGGAGAUCGUGGGGAGCGAGGCGGCCGAGGAGGUCGUCGUGGCUGGAACCCUUAUUGA